AUGAUUCCAACCAGAGCACUCUGUUUCCAACAAAUAAUCGAUGAGUCGAACUACAUUCUUACGGAACUGACCAAUGUCAGACACCCGGGGAAUACGGACUGUUAUGGAAUUCUCAAAAGGAAAGAAGUCCCAAUUUCAUGCUUCGAACUGGAUACAGUUCAGAUUGAGAAUCGAUGCGAGACGGGAUAUGAAUCAAGAGAUUAUCCGAUCUCUUUCGGUAUUACGGACGAAAAUCAAAACCCACACGAGUUCGAGCCAGCAACCAAACGAAUGAAACUGGAGGACUCCUCUGUAGAUCAAGAGACGCCAGUCGGCUCAUACAGUUUGCCAAAACGUGGAGUUACUGGAGAACUCAACAACGCUAUCUUCAACUUCAAUCGUCCGAUGCCCUCUUCAUCACCCGAAAUCUCUUUUUCUUCCGUCUCGUCUUCUCUCUCAUUACCAACAUCAACCCAUUCUCAUUCAAUGUCAAUCGAGCAAGCUCUGGAUCUUUUGAGCACACCGAUCUCUUAUAAGAUCAACUUGAAUACCAAGGAAAUCGCCAGACAAAUGAGAGAGUGGUUCACACUUGCGAUCUGUUCCCAGGCAUUCUUCGCUGCACAUGUUCUUGGCGUUGCCCGGAACCGUUUCCAUAGAGUUCUCACCGUCCCACCACCAUUCGAUUCCUUGAAGUCUGGAAAGGAAUUGUAUAUCAAAAUGUACAAUUGGUUGAAGCUGACGGAGGAUGUGAAAAAGGAAAUCUUGUCGGUAUUUGGAAACAACGAUCAAAAGUCAAAGAAGAUUGCCCAAGAGCCAGAAGGCGAAGAGGAGGAGUACGAUUGUCCAAAGGAGAUUUCCCGGAAACGCCAAGCUUCACUCCAUUCGGAUACAUCUUCCUACUCAUCAUUGUCUCCUGACUCAUUCCUCGACACAUCGAUCACUGACGAGACAUUCAAUGCAAUCAUCAACAAGCAAAUCAAUUAUGUUAACACCAAAAAUAUCUCUAUUUUGAUGAAGAAUUGGCUCCAGAGAACUCAAGCGACUCAGAGGUGGUUUGCCAAAAAAAUCUUGGGAAGAAGCAGAAAGACACUCGGCCAAUGUCUGAAUAAGCCAAAGGACUGGAAAGAUUUGAGCCAAAAGAGGAAGUUCUACGUGAAGAUGCACAAUUGGAUGUGUCUGACGGAGGAGCAGAGACACGAGAUGAUGAAAGUUUACAAGGCGCCAAAUAUGGAAUAG